AUCCAAUUUUGUUGCGAACACAAAACACAAAGAAAAAAAGGGAAAACAGCCUAAAUAUGCCGAAGAUACUAUUUCAGAAAUACAAAAAGUUUUCAGGCACCAUAGACCCGAACAAACAUGCCGCAAAACUGAAGGAAAUCGAGGAACGUCGAGCGGAAGAACAACUUGAAGCGCUUGGGUUCGAAGAGGAGAUGGAAGAGGCCGAAGAAGAGUCCGAAUUCGAGCAUGUCGAAAGCGAAUUGAGUUUAUCCGAGGGAGAACCGGCUCUGCACAUUGGCAAAAUUGAUCUCUCCUUUCCCGAGACAACCGAUGAGUUCGAGGACAGCCCGCAAUGCUUCCCCCCCUCCUACUACAAGCUGUCGCCCAAGGAGCGCCUUCUGCUCCUCUACGCGGAGAACUUUCGCAAACAGUUUGUGUUAAAUCAUCCCAGGCGUCGUGCUUUGGUUUUGGCCUUGCCCAACGAGUGUAAAGUGCAGAAAUUCGUUUGUACUACGAUAAGACCGACUGCCUUUGCUUAUCCAGAACUCAUUUCAAGCGUUGAGGAAAUUGCUAAGUUUGUGGCAGAUUUUGUUCGCUAUGAACCGCUUGAUGAUCCAAUAAAUUUGCCGACUCGUUUAAUAUCACCAGAAACAUUGCUGAGAAAACGGCGCGGGAAUUCAUACGAAAUGGCGACGUUGUUGGCGAGUAUGCUCAUUGGAGCUGGCCACCCCGCUAUGGUUGUAUCUGGAGUUGCGCGACACGAGACGGUUAUUAAUGACCAAAACAAUGUACCAUAUCCAUAUUUAGAAAAAGAGGUAGACGCUGUUGAAGAUCAACAGGAGAAUGGAGAACAAAGUGUGUACAAGUUGCGUCCUCUACCUGAUUUGCAUAGUCACCUAGAGGAAGAAAUGGCUGAGGUACACCGACACAGAGCCGAAGAACGGACCAAAUUGGAAGAGGAGCUUUUACGAAAGCAUAUGGCGGACUUAGAACUUCAAGCUGUCGAUCGUUACCACUACCGCCGCUCGCACGCUUGGGUUGUCAUAAUAAAUAACGCGCCUUGGAGUAUAAAACCGCGAAUUACAUACACAGAUGUGAAUGGCGAUGUUGUGGAGGCCCCACCAACUGGUAUAUUCAUAGAGCCCUCAACGGGAUUCAUUUGUGAGACAAACUGCAAGCAGUACAUUUUGAUCGAUAGUGUGUGGACCGAAUACAACUAUUACGUGAACAAGCAGACCUACGAGCGAGUCAGGGAUAUACGUUGGGACUUACGCGACACAAAUGAUUGGGAGCACAUGCUGCCUGGAGAACCCCCAGAGAUGCGCAUUUACAAACAGUCUUCCGAUGAGAAUAUCACGGACGGCGAUCGCGAUGUGGAUGAAGAGAAGCAUUUGGAUGCAAUUUGCAACUGGGUGCGCAGGCUGCACAUUGGCUACGCGGACUACGAACAACGAUUUCCGAGGUCCGGCAAAAGAGUGCAAUAUAAGGGAGUCGUCCACGAACGUUAUUCGCCGUAUUCGCAACGCGAUGGCAAAGAAAUGCAAUUUACCCUGUAUAAUGAUGAUUCAUGCACCGAUCCGAAAGUUCGCUACGAAUAUUAUAAGAACCGAUUUGACUUAAUGGAGGAGCUGAGGUAUACCUAUGAGAAUGACAAAUACGAAGAGUAUUUCGCCAAAGGCCGUAAUGACAGCUUGAAAUAUUUUGAAUAUUUCUCGGACCCAUUGCUACCCAGGAAAUUGAAUUUUUGUGCAAGUUACAGAUUGGACUCAUUAAAAUCAAUCGAUUUGAGUCCCGGUCUGAUAGUAUUAAGAUUUGAGAACCACGCGGACAGAUGCUUGUAUAAGGAAUUUCAAUUUAAGCUAUCUGAUGGAAAUCUCAUAAAAACUGUCGAAAAAUUUGACAAAGCUGAUGAAGAUGAUAUAGUAGCAAAUGAUAUUGCCAGUCGCACCUUCCUGUUUCAACAAAACAAAAUAGUUCUACAAUUCCAUUACACAUUUGGAGCACUUACUGCAACCACAGUCGAGUUUACAAAACCGCCCAAGCCAGAUUAUGGCAAAGAACUGGUUUACGAUGAGAAGCUAACUAAAAUAUACAGGGCCAAUCCGUUAGAUCCCAUACGUUCCAAUCUGGAAUUAUAUAAAUUGUUACUGGAGCAACUUCAGUCAGAGGACCGCAUAAGAAAACAAUUUGAAAAAAUGCAGGAUGAUAUCAAUAAUAUUUUUGAUCAGCGAAAAGUUGAGAAAAUGGAACCUAAGCUGAAGUUCAACUUAUUCGAUCCACUUCGAAAUGGAACUGCCCGAGCACUUCGAAUGCAACAGCAUGAGGAAGAACAAGAGUCUAAGCGAGAAAUUGCUAGUAAGCCGGCGGACUUUUUGGCUCCAUAUUUGAUUCCAUUCAAAAAUCAGGGGGUACUAACUCAAACUCAAUCCAUUGAAGCCUACAAUGCUUGCCUGAACGAUUUGAAAACCCGAUUUGUCACCUUACUCAAUAAUCUACAACGACAAUAUGAAGAUUUGACCAGCGAGUCGAAGUCUUUGAAUCGUUUCCUAAACAAGUUUGAGGUUCAAUUUAACAACUUUGACUAUAAUCGCCUGGUACAACAGGCUAAGGAUCUGGAACUCAGGAAACGUAUGGUCCAGCAGCGCUUGACAUUGACCCAUGAGGAAUCUCAGAAAAAGUAUGAAUGGGUUAAGGCAUCGUUGCAAAAAGAUCCACGAUUAAACUUGAAAACUGAAGAUAAAUCAUCUGAUGAAAAAAUUUAAUUUUAAUUUCAAUAAACACAAACUUACA